AACCUCGUCAAUAAAAGAGCCUUGCUGAAGUAUAUUUCGCUGUAUCCGGAGGGACGUUAUGCCAUUCAGUUCAAGAUGGAGGCGAGAUCCACAAGUCAGCGUAAACCAGCCACCUCCACACAGGCCUCCACCUCAUCACAGCCCUCCACCUCACCGCGACCAUCCUCAGUGCCUGUAUCCUCCCUGCGGUCAUUGUUGACAGGGAAAGGUGUGUCCCAGCAGAGCAUCCACAAGUCUGUCAAGAGGCUGUUUAUGCCACCAAAGUUUCAUCCAUCAGCUGUACCUGUGUGCCCCCCAGUUUGUGAGGACAGUGGGAGACCUGCUGGAUCUAAUCCCAGCCUUGGUCCCCAGCUUCAAACCGACACUCCUCAGACCUCUCAGGAUGUGGAAAUGCUCUGCACUCAUCAAGCUCCCCAGCAAGAUGCUCCUAGUGUGGCAGAGGAACAGCCUUCAACAUCAUCAUGCUCCACCAGUCAUGAUGACUCUGUUGGACCAGACAACAUUGAGGGCUUCCAAGCUGUCCAGGACUUGACGGGACACUUAUUUACAUUAAAAGACCACAGUCUAUCAAGACACAAUCUCCAAAGGGAGAUUCAGGGCCACAAAAAAAAAUGUUGCACCUGGUGUAGAGAGUACAAAGCGAUGCUUUGCAGGAGGGAAAAGCCCAGCACAGUGGCCUGACUGCAAUCGUGUGUGUGAGGCACUUUUUAUUCAACUUUGCAAGGGGUAUCGUGGACCCAGGCGCAUUGAUGGAGUCAGGAAAGAGCGUUGGAGCCUUGUCACCAAAGCAUAUCUUCACAUCCGCCAAGUCAUUCUAAAUAAUGCCAUGGUGAUGGAGAAGACCACCAUCCAGCUCCCGGUGAUGAAUACUGCAACCAUCGCUAGUUGGUACAAUAAACUUCAGAAAAAGCAGGAGAAGAGCAUGCUGGAGCAAGGCCUGUCUAUUCCAAAGAACACUAAUGUGAGCCCAGAGAGCUUGCCUCUCGCAGUUGUGAGGAAAGACAGACCCUGUGUCCCGACCAGCAGUGUGGCAAUUCCCCACAUCUUUGUCCUGCCCUCUAACACGGCAGGGACGGCACAGCUGAAACAGCGACGGAACCUGCCAGUGGCUCCAUCUGCAAUUCGGCCACCAUUCCUUGCAGCUCUCGAUCAACCUCUUCAUCCUCCCCAGCCUGUACCGCAACCUCUCCUGCUUGCACCACAACCUCUCCUGCCUGCA